AUAUUAUAUUUGGCAGACUUUGAAAAACUCUUCAAAUUGGCAACUGACGCAGUAGUUAAGUAGAAAUUAAAAUUCAAAAUUUCUGAAAUCAUUUUGUUUUACUUGUGAUAAUUAUAAUGUCGUCCGAUAUUGAAGACAUGUUUGAACGUUUACUCAAAUUACCAGGAGCUGAAGGGGCGAUACUUGUCAAUGGUGAGGGUAUACCUAUUCGCACCUCGAUGGAUGUUAUGUCUAGCCAAAAAUAUGCUGGCAAGAUGACGCCAUUGAUUAAAAUGGCACGCAGCAUGAUACGUGACGUGGAGCCAGGUGAUGAUCUUAGUUACUUAAGAUUGCGUACUCGCAGAAAUGAACUAAUGGUGGCGGCUGAGAAUGAUCAUAUGGUUAUAUUGAUACAAAAUAAUGCCCUUCUAGAUCAAGCCAGACGUACGUCUGCCCAAUCAAAUAGAUUUGUUAGUAAAGGCAAUGCGUUUUUAGGUGUCGCAAAAGGCGUUAGAAGACCCAGGAACUCGUAAUUCCAACAACUACGCCUCCCACCUCCCCUGCCGCCAUCUACCUAUUAUCGCACAAAACGCAUAUCACUAACUGAGAGUCAUUCCGGGGGUCGGUUAAAAAGUGCGCAGUGCACAUCAUGCGGGCAACAUAAACCAUAUGACAUAAACAAGCUGGCGCAAUUGGACUGAAGAUGGAGUCGACUUGGUGGUGGCAUUCAUCCAUCCACUCAGUCGGCUGUUGGGUGGCAGUGACAUGAGGCCGUGUGGUGAAGAGUCCUUGCACGAGCUCCCGCGCAAAUCCCAAACACAGCAACAGAAACAUCAGCAGAAGCAAUACAACAAACGCAAAAAUUGUGAAGGAAAAAACGUAAAAUAAAAUUCCCGACCAGGCGACACAAAUUGUGUACGUA